AUGAGAGUCGCAGUGGGUACUCUUGCCUUGGCGGUGUCUGCUUAUGCCUUGGCGGCCCGGCAAAAUGUGGCAAACACCCUGACCAUCUCGACUAAUGGCAGCGUCGCUAGCUCGCCGUUACUCUAUGGUUAUAUGUAUGAAGAUAUUAAUCACUCCGGAGAUGGAGGAUUGUACGCAGAACUUUUACAAAAUCGUGCCUUUCAAGGACAGACUCCAGGCACGUCCGGCGCAUUGUAUGCAUGGCACACCGUGGGUUCUGCAUCCAUCGCAGUCGUCAACAACACAGCGCCUGUAUCCUCAGCACUGCCCAACUCACUAAGCUUAACCGUUGGCGCCGAUGGCUCCGGGAGCGUUGGAUUUAGUAAUGAAGGGUAUUGGGGGAUAGGUAUCACCGAGGGUGUUACUUACAAUGCCUCAUUCUACGCGAAACUUCCUGCCAACUCGAAAUUCACUGCCAAUGAUAACGUCACUGUUCAGCUCUUGUCAGAAUCGGGAGAGGUACUAGCGAGCGAGAUUGUUCAAGGGUUGUCAGAGUCGUGGCAACAGUUCUCGGUCCGAUUGGCCGCGAAAAAGACUCCGGAAAGCGCUGCGAACCGAUUCGCUGUCACCCUGGAUGGUGCGAACAAGAGUGGUCAAGUCAUCUACUUCACUCUGCUUUCAUUGUUCCCGCCUACAUGGAAUGAUCGCCCGAAUGGCUUGCGGAAAGAUAUUGUGCAGGCGCUAGCUGAUGCAAAACCGUCUUUCUUCCGGUUCCCAGGCGGAAAUAACCUAGAAGGAGAGGUUGUGAAAGAUUUCUGGAACUGGACCAACACUAUAGGCCCACUAACGAACCGCCCUGGCCGCUUUGGAGAUUGGACAUAUUGGAACACCGAUGGGCUUGGCCUGAUGGAGUACUUGUUGCUAUGUGAAGACCUAGGAAUGGAACUUAUCAUGGGUGUCUAUGCCGGGUAUAGUAUCUUGGGAGAAACAGUCCCCGAAAGCCAAUUGCAACCUUAUAUCGACUUGGCCAUUUCUCAGAUCGAAUUUGUGAUGGGUGAUGCUGAAACUAAUGAAUGGGCCGCACUACGGGCCAAGUAUGGUCACCCGGAGCCUUUCAAGUUAGAAUAUGUUGAAAUCGGAAAUGAAGAUUUGUACCGCACCGCGCCACAAAGCUAUCUCGCUUACCGCUGGGCUGCGUUUGCCAAUGCAAUUUCGGCCAAGUACCCUCAGCUCAAGCUCAUUUCCACCACAAACUACGGCGCAGCACUGAACCCAGCUCCGAAGUAUGUUGACAUUCACCACUAUGAGCGACCUUCGUACUUUAUCAACCGAUACAACAUGUACGAUGAUCGCGCAUUGUAUCCGUCCACAGUUCAGAUCUUUGAAGGAGAAUACGCCGUCAUUCGCAACAAUACCAGCAGCGCUCGCCUAGAGUAUCCAACGUUGGAGGCUGCUGUUGCUGAGGCUACGUUCAUGGCUGGAAUGGAAAAGAACUCGGAUUUGGUUUUUGCUGCGGCAUAUGCACCGGUUCUGCAGCAUGUAAACGGGACGCAGUGGGCUCCUGACUUGAUUGCAUAUGAUGCUUACAACAUUAUCAAAAGUCCUUCGUAUUGGGUACAGCAUAUGUUUAGCGUUAACCGUGGAGACACCAUCCUGUCUGUGAAAUCUACAGCCAAAGUCAACCCUAUCUACUGGGUAGCGUCUAAAACGAAGACAUCCGCAUAUGUCAAGCUCACUAACAUUUUGAACACUGCAACUACACUCGGAUUUAGUUUCCCCGAUCUGAAUAUCGCUUCCAAUGCCAGUGCUACGGUGCUCACGCAUAGUAAUUAUUAUGUCGUGAAUACUCCUUCAAAUCCGAAUGCGGUCGUUCCCAAGGAAGUGCCGUUCACAGCCGGAAAGAGCUUCACUUUUGAUGUUCCUGGGCAGAGCGUCGUGGUUCUUAAACUUGCGCUUGAAUAG